UUGGAAGACUUAAAGCUCACUCUUGUGUUGAUGAUGUACUCUUUCGUUCCCUUCCUCUUCCCAUCCAUGUCCUCGAGAUAGGAAAAGAAAGAGUAAGACUAAGGAGGGUUUGUGAGCCGUGACACACAACACAGCACAUAGUGGCCUGAAGAGUGAAGACACAGGACAGAACUGUGUUUUUGGCUCCUUUCAUGUGAGUCAAGUCAUUGGUGUACUUAUUAUUAUAGACCCCGGUUCCAACCAAGUCUAACACACUUUUUCCUUGUUCAGUCUUCUGUUCUGUUCCCUCUGCCUCCACGGUCACUUUCCCCUGACCCACACUCUCUCUUCAAUACAUCAUCUGAAACUAAUGCAAAAUUUCCAAAUAACCGAACCACACUACUAAUCACAACAACACUCCAUUCCCAUUCCUCUCACAUCAAAUUCACAGUGCCAUGCCAUGGACCUCCCCAGCCACAAAUUCUUUCAACCUCCAUCUACAUUGGCACCACAUGGGGUAGCACUACUCACUGAGAGCAACAUGAGCAUGUAUGGGAAAAGCAAAGACAACCCUUUUGCAGAUGAUUUCCCUGACCCACUUUGCAAGCUCAACCUGAAGGAAACCUCUGAGUUUGUCAAGUCAUUGCCUUUACCUUUGCCAAUGCCAAAUGGCAGAGCUGAAAGCAGAGGCCACUCUGUUUCACAGCAGAGGAGGCUACUAGAUUCUCCCUCCACACCCGGUAGACCAGUUUUCACCUUCAGCUCUGGCCUUCCUAGAAAGAGCUUUCCUUCCAAAUGGGAUGAUGCAGAGAAAUGGCUCAUGAGCACUUCUUGCCAUGACUCACCUGCUCACAACAACACCACUUUGAAGGUUUCAGUUUCAGACUCCUCAAAGAUCACAACCAGACAACAACAUUGUGGUGAUGAUGUUGUUGGCUUCAAGCAGCAAAUGGAAGGUUUCUCGGAGAAAUCAAGGGUCACAGAAGAAAGGGUUUCGUCCAAAGCUGUACCAAACUUCCCUUGGUCUCCUUCUUUGGACCACCACCAUAACACACUCGGUUCUUUCAAUGGUGUUAAAGACAUUGUACUAAAAGAUAAGUUCACAGACAGCAUAGAGCCUGUAUUGCCAAAUUUGAGAUAUUUAGAGCCGGCUAAAGAAGGGUUCUUGUUUAGGAACCAAGGUGGUGGAGCAAUGCAAGAUGCUUGCACAGAAGUGGUUCAACAUAGAGACAUUGGGACUGAGAUGACUCCUCUUGGAAGUUCCACAACUUCAAGAUGCCACACCCCAGUCAAGAUUUCAUCGCCGCCUCGCCACAACACUCCUGCAAGUAGGUCAGGACCAUUGGCCUUGGCUAGCAGUGCCUGCACUCUUGAUGUUAUUCAGCUUGAGGAGUGCCAUUUUUCCAAGCUGCAACUAGGAACACAGUAUGAUUUAGUCCCUUUAAAUUGGAGCUCAAGUGAGGAGGAAGAAAAGGAAAUAUCUAAAAGCUUGAGGCACAAUGGUAGCCACAAGGCUGAUUCAGACUGCAUUGCUGCUGCAUGGGAAGAAGAGGAGAAGACCAAGUGUUGUCUUAGGUAUCAGAGAGAAGAAGCAAAAAUCCAAGCUUGGGUAAACCUCCAAAAUGCUAAAGCAGAGGCCAGGUCAAGAAAGCUUGAGGUGAAAAUACAGAAGAUGAAAUCAAGCCUAGAGGAAAAGUUGAUGAAGAGGAUGUCAGUGGUUCACAGGAAAGCUGAGGAGUGGAGAGCAGAAGCUAGACAACAACACUUGGACCAAAUCCAGAAGGCCACUGUACAAGCUCAAAAGAUUAUUCAUAAACAUAACUCACAAUUUUCAAAGCCCAGUUCAUGUGGUUGCUUCCCUUGCAAUAACAACCAUCAUUAAAUAGUGUUGUUAGGUGUGUUAAAAGAGACUUGUUAAGGAUUUAAGGAUAAAGAAUAUUUAAUAAAAGCAAAAUUUUAAUA